GAAGAAAAAUAAAGGAUUUUUUCAUUUGUUUUGAUCAAUAAAUAAUAUAUUUUCUUGGAAUUGCUUUUCUAACCUUCAUUAUUUUUUUGUAUUUUCUAAUACAAUGCUUUGUCAUUUAGUGAAGAAUAACAAGCCGGCAAUUCAAGCAGUAUCAGAUUCCAGACUGACCAAAAAAUCUUUCAAUGGAUACUCUUCUCGCAGAUCUGUAUAUAAAUAACCAAUAGGAGUAAUUCUGAAGCCAUUGGCAAUUAUUCUAUAAAAGAUGAAGAAGCAACAAAACCACAAGCUCCUGUUAUCAUUCUUAUAUUCCAUCCUACUCAAUGCAUUGCUAUCUCUCUAUGUCAUAUACCACAGCCUAUCAAGGCCUGGUUGGGGCAUUGAAGCUAUGGCGGAGGCCAAGGCGGCCGCCGCCAUAACUUGUUCAUGGCACGGACAUGCCUUCGUCGAUAGCGUCGUCAUCAAUGGCAGGCCCAAGUGCGAGUGCAACAAUUGUUAUGCAGGCGAAGAUUGUUCUAUUCUGAUGCGUGAUUGUCCGGCCGAUGCUGUUAGUGGAGAUCCACAAUAUUUGGAGCCAUAUUGGCGCCAAAAUGCUGGGAGAAGUGCUGUGGUACUUUCAGGUUGGCACAGAAUGAGCUAUCAGAACAAUGCUCCCAACUAUAUAUCCAUGGAACUGGAACGCCAUAUUCGUCUUCUCCAUCGAGCGGUUGGAAAUGCUGUCACCGACGACCGGUUCAUCAUCUUCGGCUCCGGUUCAACUCAACUCCUGAAUGCCGUCAUCAAAGCUUUCUCUUCUUCCUUGGAUCACAACUCUCCGGUCGGUGUCGUCGCCACCGCUCCUUACUAUGAGGUGUUCAGGGAGCAAACUAAGCUAUUCAAUUCAAGAGAAUAUCAAUGGAAAGGAAUCCCUUCCAAUAUGUCGGGUUCAACUAAUUCAACUCAAUUAUCAUCAGAAAAUUUAAUAGAAAUUGUGACUUCUCCAAAUAAUCCUGAUGGAAACUUACAGAGGCGAUCCAAAUUUCUCCUGGGAUCAUCAAUGGCGGCCAUUCAUGAUCAUGCCUAUUACUGGCCUCAGUAUAGUCCAAUUCCAGCUCCAGCAGAUGAAGAUGUCAUGCUCUUCUCCAAUGCCAAGUUCACAGGUCAUGCCAGCUCCAGAUUUGGGUGGGCAAUAAUAAAGGAUGAGAAAGUAUAUCAGAAGGUGGUUACGUACAUGGACUUGAGCACAGUUGGUGUCUCCAGUGAUACACAGUUGAGAGUCCUGAAGCUGAUUAAGACAAUACUGUUGCAAAUAAGAGAGGAAGGUGAUUUCUUCAAGUUUGGCUAUGAAAUAAUGAAGGAAAGAUGGCAAAAACUGAGCAAAAUUGUGUCUUCUUCCAACCGUUUUUCUCUUCAGAAGCUCUCACCUCACUAUUGCAACUACUUCAAUGAGUUCAAAGACCCUUCUCCUGCAUAUGCAUGGCUGAGAUGUGAGAAAGAUGAAGAUGAAGAUUGUGAGGCUGUGCUUAGAAAUGCUGGCAUACUUUCCCGGGGAGGCACUGUGUUCGAAGCUCAUAGCCGAUACGCUCGGCUUAGUCUUAUCAAGACACUGGAUGACUUCGAGCAGCUUCUGCAGAAGCUGCAGACUCUUAUUUUCAGUACUGAUUCUUAUAGUUCACUUUGA